AGAACAAAGUGUUUGAUACUGAAUAAAAGCGCGAAAUCUUGAAAAUGACAGAUUGUUUUGGUUUUCUUGAGAAGUUGGAAAAGGAAAACGUUGAAGGCACGAAAAAUGACCAGGAUUUGCAUCAGAAAUGGAUACACCUCAAAUCUAGCAGGGACAAACUCCAAACAAAGCUUGACCAUUUAGAGAGAACUGAGAAGCAAUUAGAAGAAGAAAUUGAAGCAGAGGUCAGGGAUCAAAAGUCAAAGCCCAGAAGUGAAGAGCUUAGUGAGAGACACCAGUAUUUAGAAGACUUGCUGAGUUUAUAUCGAGUCACAGGGCUGAUAACUCUUCAAAAAAGUCUCAAGUGCAAAAAAGGUAUGCACGUGUGCUAUGAGGAUAGGAACCAGUUUACGGUGUGUUUGGAUGCAUCAUAUUAUGACACGAUUUUAGAAUCUUACCAUAUAGAGUUGAAGGAGAGAGAUAGAAGUUAUGUUAUACAUCGUCAUUCACUGCCAGAAUUCAUCCCCACACUUCAGUUAGAAAGAGAGCAUUUGGCAACUGGUGAUAUUGCAUCUUUUCUGUCUCUCAUUAACACCUACCUGCAGGCAUAUGUGUUUAAAAGGGAAGAACUUGUGAGGAUUAAGAAAUUUAUUAAGAAGAGUGGUUUGUCGUGUGAUGUACAGAACACCUCAAGUUACGAUUAUACCGAAAUCAAGUUGGAGAAUUCCAGACAGCUUUACAGACUUAAACUGGUGUUCGGAUUAAUGAAUGUACUGCCAGACAGAGUUCAGAUAGAGGAAGAUUCAGAGAUCCAGAGAGACAUAAAAGAAUGGAAAAGUUUACUUUUGUCUAAACCACUUGAUAGUUCAGUUACUAUGAUUGUAAAAGACAUUUUGAAUUGACUGUGAUGUGUAGUAACAGUGUUAAAUGUAAAAUUAGCAACUCAUUGUACUGUACAUUCUAUGCUAUAUCAUCUAUUAGUGGAAACAUUUACAAGAACUUUUUUGUAUCUUUUAUGUUAAAGUUGAUGAAUGAAAAAUUUGCUUGAUUAUUUAAUAAAUUAGAUAUACUCAU